GGUCUUUGGGUUUUGAGUAUAAGCCAGUUGUCAAACGGGUGCAGUUAAGCCCGAAAUAAAUAUCGAUAACGAUAUAAGAAAAUUGAUUUCUAUAUUUUUGUGAAUUCGGUAAAUUAUCAAAAUUAAAGAUUGGAAACAUUGGUUGAAAUGGCUUCCGCAGGAAAGAAGGGCAAAAAGAAUAAAGGAACAGUUAUAUCAUUGCAAUCAUUUCUAUGCAAUUCUGAUGCACCAGUCGGAACAACCCAAGUCUCAAAAAAAAUACGAAAUUUAGAUGGCGAUGAGAGCGAUGAUGGAAGUGGUACAUUGCCGUUGGUUUAUCAGCUUCCAACCGCUCCGAGGGCAAAUCGGAUAUUUGACGAUAAUUCUAUUCCUCAUAAAGCCCCAUUUAUUGCUUAUAUCAAUAAUUUACCAUUUGACGCAAAUGAAGAUGACCUCUACGAGUUUUUUGAAGGUAUUAAUUUAAUAUCUCUGAGACUACCCAGAGAAGAUGGCGAAAAUGGUCGUUCCAGAGGCUUUGGCUAUGUGGAGUUGGAAAAUCGAGAGGAUUUAAUUCACGUACUUAGUUUACCAGACCCCUCUAUUAAAGGUCGCCGCAUUCGCAUUGAGUUAUCGAAUGAAAACGACCAGCAAAGCCGCCAAAAAAAUAAUAGGCGGUUUGAUGGCUUUGGUAAUAAUGGAGAAAAUAGAGAUUCCGGAAAUUGGAGGCGAGAUAGCCAAAACAACGGCGGUAACUUUGGUUAUUCUUCCAAUUUUGAAAGAAGCUUUAAUAGAGAGAGAAAAUCUUUACCAGAUAGAGAUGAUGUGAACACUCCUGGAUCUUGGCGCACGAGCGCAAGACCGCAAUCUAUUGAUACUUCCCCUACACGGAGAGAAGUUGACCAAGUAUCUGAAAAAUAUCGCGAAGGUCGGGUCAAAAUAGCAGACAGAUAUUCUCGAGAAGAGACAUCCAAAGUUGAAGAAAGACCAAAAUUGAAUUUAAAACCAAGAACCUUGCCAUUGCCAGAUGUAAAGACAAUUGAAAUCGAAAAAAAUGACGUUGAUGAAUUUAAUUUGGAUAAACAAGGCGGAACUUCAUCAUUAAACGUGUUUGGGUCUGCAAAACCGGUAGAUACAGCAGCAAGGGAGUUGGAGAUUGAGCAAAGAUUGGCUCUCGCUCGAAAACAGGAUACGGGUCGCCGAGAAGAGGGUUUAAAUGAAAAACUCGCCGAACUCCAGGUGGAUAAAAAUGAUAAUGAAAGUCCAAGUGCAACAGUUAGUUGGCGCACGAAUCAGGACUACAAGGAAAGCGACAAAAUUAAUAAGUACCCAGGUGAAAAACAGCGUGACGAAGAAAUCCAUAAAUUGAACCAUGCCCGAGGCCAGUUUAACAGGUUUCCAAACACCCCGUACAAAAUAUUGCAAUAAUGAAAACCAAGAAAAAUAGCAGUAAUAAUAAAUAGUCUACACUCUAAAAUUCAUCAUUGUCGCUAAAGCCAGUGAUUGACAGUUGGUUAACUUGUUCCGAUACCGCCGACCAUUGUGGAAUGGGAGAAAGCCCAUUUAGAAGAUGGCUCAGGCUAAGAAGUUCGGCGUCGUUCGGGUCGUCGUCCCGCUCCGACGGGCCUGGACUAAAAAACGGGCUACACGCUAUUGGAUCCAAAUGCCUUGGAGUCUGAAAAUCAGCGUCCUGAAGGGAGCCGAACUAAAGACAUACAUACGUAUAACAAGAUGCAUAAUCGCAUCUGGCGGCGGUAAAAAAAAAAACGCAAAGUUUAAAGCGUAAAUAUCUAAAUAUCUAAGAACAUUAACAUAAAAGUGUGUAUGUCGCAUACUUGUGCAAGGAGAUUUUUAAGCCAAAAUCUAUAUAACACAUAAAUUAUUUUGAGAAAUUGUUGGCCAUCGUAGAACUAAAGACACUAUUAAAACAUGCGCAACACCAUACGAUUUUUUGCACACGACUUUUUAGAGCUGGCUCUAGAGGUGGCUCCAGGGUUUCUCGAAUUUAUGUUCAAGAGCCAGAGAGCGAAGAGCUCUACAGCCAGCAGCUCUCUUAUACGCAUACAGUGACAGCCGACAACUGUAUGUGUGUCAUUAAUAUUCAUAUUACAAAUAGUGUAAAAAUUCUUGUUUUUCAUUGCCUUAACGAUAUUAUUAUUUGAUGCAGCUUAGAAAUAGUAAUAGCCGAAACUGUGUACAUAAUAUAACAAAAUAAAAUUCAAGUAUGACUAUAUAUUUGAAUAAUUUUCAUUAAAGUAUUAGGCUUGCGACGUGUGAAAAAUUAGAGUUUACAUUGUCUAGUAGUAGACAUCUAUUAUUAGGUGCUUAUGACCGCACGUCGUGUCUUUAGAAAUCAGUUUCGCUUUAAACAUAUUAAAUAAAUAUUUUCCGAUGCCUGCAAAAGUUUUCAUUGAGUUUUGAAAAAGAGAAAUUAUGCUGCCGCACCCUAUAUAUAUGAACGAUUCCAGAUCGCAACUUUAUUUUAAUUAUAAGUUGAAAUAUUAAUUAAUUUAAUAUUAAUGCUGUAAAAGCUACUGCUCACAUUAUCUUUUACAACGAAAUUGGCCAAAAGUUCAAAUAUGUAAAUUCGUUUCUUGGAUUAAAAUUGCAAAACUAAUGUAUAGUCGUUACGCAUCUUAUUAUUAUAAUGUCUUUGGUAGUCACAACUAGUAAUAAAAAACGUAUUUUUUAAUAAGUUAAAAAAAUACAUAUUUAUAAAAAAAAGCAAGAGAGAAUAUUAUAGUCGAGUUCCCCUAUUAUCAGAUACUCAUUACUCAGCUGUUGGAUAUGCCAACGCAAAAUUUCAUCAUUUUUCUGGCUUAUCGAUAUAUAUUAGGGAAUAAAAUAAAAAUUAUAUAAAAAAAAAUUUAUAAGUGUGGGCGUUACAUAUAUGCAAGACUUAUAAAUAUACGAAAAAAUAUCAAAACAUUUUUCAAAUGUUUGGGCAUGACAGUUUUGUCAGGUUUGUGGGCGAUAGAAUGUGCUUCGCAAAAAGUUUUUUUUAGCAUUAUUUACAAGGCUAAAACAAUAAUCAAAACAUAUCCAAAAAUUUUUCGAAAGUGUGGGCGUGGCAGCUUUCGUUUUUUUGUGGGCGUUUGGCGUGGCAAAAAGAUUUUUGGCAAAUCGAUAUAAAUUUACAAGACUAAUCCAAAAAACAGAAAAUAUAACUUUUGUACAAGUUUUAAAUUUGUUUUACCUCUAUUAUUAUACCCGUUACUCGUAAAGUAAAUGAAAAGUUGAAAAGUAUGUAACAUCCAGAACGAAGCGUUUUCGACUAUAUAAUAUAUUCCUGAUCAGUAUCUAUAGCCGAGUCAAUCUAGCCAUGUCCGUCUGUGCCAUGUCGAGAUUUCAGGAACUAUAAAAGCUAGAAGGUUAAAAUACAGAUUGUAGAGCCAAGAACGCAGCGCAAGUUUGUUGACCCAUAUUGCCACGCCCACUCUAACGCCCACAUACCGCACAAAACUGCCACGCCCACUAUUUUGAAAAACGUGUUGAUAUUUUUGCACAUUUUAAUUAGUCUUGUAAAUUUUAUCGAUUUUCGCCAUGCACACGUUAACGUCCUACGACCCGGCGAACUGGCCACGCCCACACUUUGGAACAAUUUUUACAUUUUUUCCCAUUUUAUUUCCGAUAUCAUAGAAAAAUUAUGAAAUUUCGCGUUCACAUUCACACUAGCUGAGUAAGGGUAACGGGUAUCAUAUAGUCGGGGAACUCGACAAUAGCAUUCGCUCUUUUUUUUCCCCAAUUUCUACUAAUAUUGCAAAAAAUAAUGAGAUUUCUUGUUUACAUUUCCAGCUGAGUAAUGCUUAUCUGAUUGUCGGGGAAGUCGACUUUAGCAUUUCCUCUUGUCUUGUUCAAGUCAAGGCAAUAGAAAAUAAGAAUUUUUACAUGGCAGUGUUGGGCAGUUUAGGCAAUGAGCUUUUUCGUUGACUCUGAGAAAUGGUGUGGCAAUUUAUAAACACGGUAGAAUUAAUGUUUAAAUUAAUAUUUCAGUUUUAUUUAAAUAUAUUUUGUCACACACGGCUGUAGGGUAUAACGAACGGCGGCAGUGCCCGUACCGAACCGAUUAAAAGUUAAUGUGUAUCACAACAGUACCAGUGCGAUCAACACUUAAUUUGUAACUGAACUUGCUAUGCAGAAGGCAAAAGAGCAAGUUUUACAGAAUAAAGAUUAAAACAGGUGUGCCCGACCUCUUUUUAAAUUUGUUCUCGUUUUAUUUCCCAAUAUCUAUCAAUAUCCCGGAAAUCCAAUAUUAAAAUAUUGUCUGUAUUGUAAUUUUUCAGAAAAAGUCAAUUUGUAUAAGGGUUGCUGCGUUGAGAAGUAGUAGAACUAUGCUUUUAGUAAUUACUUUAUAACUGUGCCUGCCUGUAAGUCCUACCAAGAAGCAUAACAAAAAUUUUAUUUUUGGGACGGUUUCUAUAAAUUUGAAAUUUCGAAGUUAACCAUGAAACGAGCUGUUUUUCUUGUUUCUACUCGCUACGAGUUGCAAUGGCUAGCUUAGAAAGUUUUGUUUGUUCGUCCCACCAAAUCUAUGAUUUGUGUGAAGCUUCUGCAAGUCGGGAUAUGUAGCUUAGCAAUGCAAACAUUUCUUCUUCCCCUGACAUCAAAACAAGGAAUUUCAAAUAUAAAAGGCAUUUUUCUCGUUGUUUGAUGCUGACAAACAAAAUAAGUCUAAGUAAACUGUUUGGGCAGCAUAAAACGUAUAGCAAAACGAAAGCUCGCAGACCCUGAGUUUUAUCGUUCUCAAGGCAUUGAUUUACUGUUUGGCUCCAGUCUCUUUUACGAACUACUGUGCAUCGGUCAAGUCAAGCUUCUGCCAGGAUUGCCGCUAAUGUAAGAGAAACGGUUGGGAUGGGUUGUUUCCGGAUGUGGCAGUCUCUCGGAUUACACAAACUCCAUAACUAAUUGGCCACCUCAACAUUAACGAAGAGGCCAGUGCUAGAAUCGUCGAAGAGCCUCUCUUGAAAAAUCUCCGCACACUAAAGGAUCAGGACAGCCAUCUGGCCCACGCGCCUCGCUUUCACCCUUUGUUGGCAUUCGUCGAGUAAAUGGUCAAGACUUUAGAGAAGUCGUCGUUGGAUUCAGUGACCGAAACACCAUCAGCGUACCGAAGGGUCAUACAGCAGCAGGAUCGACGAAGCGAGCAGUGAAUAAAGCUUUGUCUGCUGCCCUUUAGGAAUUCUGUUGAAAGCCACGCUUCCAAACGCUAACUUUGGAGACACAGUUCAUCUUUAAUGCACCUCAGCUAUGCAGCAAGAUUUUCGUUAUCUAUGCAAAUCAGCUGCGCGAGCAUCUAAGCUCUCCCCUCUCUCGCUCUUUUUCUUGUACUCACGCAUCUACACUUUUGGCUUUGCGUUCUGCUGAUCGCUCCGCACUUAAGUCGCUCAUUGCCAUUCACUUAUCGUUACCUAUACAUAUCGCAUCGUUGCAAAAUCUCAUUUAUUGGUUGUAGCAAUAAAAACAUAUCGUUUGAAAUCGCAAAAUAAAUAAGCGGCUUAUAAGAAAUCUUAUUAACUCAACGACAUAUUUUGGAUCAACAAAAAUUAAUUAAGUUUUUAUGUUUUUAAAUAAGUUAUUAGAUUGCUGUUAUAUUUUUUCUAGGUCGGAAAAAGCUAACGCGAACGGAGAGAG